UGAGUAAUUUUCCAUCUUGUGCCAUCAGAGUUUUUAAUUCUCAUCAGACACUUGACCUGAUGUUUCUGUACUCCAGUGUGUUUUACUGGAGCUGCAGACUGAAAAGCUACGUGACGUUUCAGGUGAGCUCAGACACACCUGCUGUCGGAUCUCACGGUGUGUGAGGUGUGACUGCACCUGGGAGGGCGUGGCUUCAGGCUUGUCUCCAAACCAAACCCAGACCUGUUGUCAGAGGACUCCGUGCCGUCUCGUGUGUGCCACAUAAACUAAACUCUUUUCUCCUCCUCCUGCCAUCCAGCCGUCUACAGCCGCCACUAUGCACGACACUGCAGAGGCCCACUCCCACACCCUCACCACCAACCGCAACUGCACCAUACAGAUCACCAACGUCAGCAAAAUCUACUGCCUCAACAACCCAAAGGUGUUUAUGGAGAGUGGCUUCACCUCCAGCCCUCCUCAGCCGACCCUGCGUUCAGGUGAGACCGAGGUGUGCUCCUUCACUAAGGAUGACCACACGGCCUCAGGUGCAGUAGGUGUCCUGACCUAUGAGCUCUUCCACAUGGGAAGCCGGCUCUGCGAUGAACAGAUCGCCGUCAUGUUCUCUGUGCCGUUUGACUACAACAUCUAUAAGAACUGGCUGGCGUUGGGCCUCUUCCCGAAGGAUAAACCCUGUGAUAAGGAGCUGUACGACACUAUGUACACUUCAAAGGAUUUCAGCAGCUUUUCACGCCACGAGGCCGACGGCUCGGGGGUGAUGUACAAGGGGACGAAGAUGAUUGUGAGGGGCUGCAUGUCCAAUGAGGGCAAGGCAAUCAUUAAACUGGAGCUGUAUGACAGGGAUGACCUGUGAGUGUGUCUGUAAUGAGUGCACUGGUGUGGAAUAAAAUAAGAUGCAGAUAUUCCUGAAAACAUGCAAUCUGUUUGUCAUACGUGCCAUGUAUCGGUGCUUUAAAUAAAUAAAAAACAAUACAACAGA